AGAAUUUGAACCAAAAUUAAAUAGCAGAGUCACAUAAAACCCAACCAACGAAUGAUUAGUAGUGAACAAAAAGAAAGAAAACAAGGCGGGCAAAACCCUAAACCUAGGUGCAGCAAUGUCAGAGAUACCAUUUGAUAAUUUGAGUGACAUACUCAAACUGUUACCUGUUAAGUCUCUCCUUCGCUUCAGAUGCUUAUCGAAAGCACAUUGUUGUUUGAUCGACACCCCCGAUUUCAUAAACCUGCAUCUCUCUCACUCUAACAAUACCAACCCCAACAAUAGGCUCAUUAUGUUUGAAACAACUUCACAACAUAUUAAAACCUAUUUGAUGGAUUUAGAUUCUCCAGAGCAGCACAUAGUGGAAUGUGAUCACCCUCAUAAUAAUACUUGUCAAGUAUUUGGCUCUUGCAACGGCUUAAUCGCAUUGUAUCAUCCCCAAGAAGGAAUGUUUCUGUGGAAUCCGUCAACCCAAAAGCACCAAAAACUACGUUAUCUUUGGGGAAAGAAUUUCACAAAUCGUAGCUGUGAUGAUUAUCUUCUCGAUGGAUUCGGCUAUGAUCCCGUCAGCGACGAUUACAAGUUGAUCAGGAUCCGGACAAUUGACAGAAAGUGGAGAAAAGGAUCCAGAGGUAUGGUUUAUAGCAUAAAACAUAACUCUUGUAGAAGGAUAGAGGACUUCCCUUAUAAGUGUAAUGGUCGUAGAGAUUGCGGCACUCUUGUUGGUUCUUGUUUGCACUGGAUUGUUUCUGAACCAGGAUAUUCUUCUGAUCAACUGAUCUUUGUUCUCAAUUUGGAAGACGAAAGAUACAGAGCGCUGCCGAUUCCAGGUGGUUUAAAGAAAUCUUGGUGUAAAUUAGGGGAAGUAGGAGGAUGCCUUACUUUGAGUGCCAGUUGGCCUUAUGUGGAGAUUUGGGUGAUGAAGGAAUAUGGAAACAGGGAUUCAUGGAUCAGAAUAUUGCAUGUAUACGAACCGAAAAUGUCAUUUAGGCCAAUUAGGUAUUCAAAAACUGGCGAUAAACUCUUAUCGUUCUACCCUCAUAUAUGUCAAUUAUGGGAGUGUGACCUAAAAGAGGAGGGCCAAACAUCUCAGGUAUCCCAAAAUUACAUCUCCAAUUUCAACCAACAACCACCAAAUGUGUCCGACAAACGUUUUCGGAGGAUCGAGGUAUUAGGAAGUGACAUCCUCUACCCCCAAUUUUCAGAAUGCUGCCAUUAUUCAAUUAUCUGCGUAAGAAGCCUUGUUUCGGUCCAUGUUUGAUGCAGAGCAGUAAUGUUUACAGAUCAAAACUGAUGCAGGGAUAUCGGUGGGUUUGAGACUUUAUCAUGGCUGGCUGAUUUUUGGGACUGUUAAAGAUUUGUUUUAUUGACAUUAUAAUUUGUAUUCGGUUUUUAUUUUCGUUUUCUACAUUCAUUAAAAAUUCUGUU